AUGGGUAUGGCGAUAAUUAAUCAAUUGCAUUUCAGAGUCAUUGAUACUAACUGUAACAGGUUUAGGUGUUGCAUUAUGGUUAUGUCCUAAAAGGAAUACUCAAAUUUAUGAUAAAAUUAAUACUUUACAAUGUUCAUUAAAUACUUUAUUCCCCGAUCAACCACCAAGAUUUGAACCUCAUAUAACUAUAACUACAAAUAUUAUCAUUGAUUUAGAUGAUCCACAAAUAACAAGAGACGAUGUGGAUAGAAUUUUAUCCGCUAGUGUAGUUGCAAUUAGAUCACUUCCCAAAAAUCAUGAAAAUUUAAUCAAGUUAAGUAAUAUCGAUAGUCAAAGAAAAUUAUUUAAAAAAUUAUAUUUUCAAGUAUUACGAGAUCCAAAUUUAAUAUCAUUUGCAAGAAUAAUAAGAGAAUUAUUUGUUAUCAUACCCAGUGAUAUUGAAAAAGAAAAUCAAAAACAAAAUCCACAUUUAUAUACGCAAGAUGUUAAUGGUGUUACAAUUAAGAGAAAACCGCUGAAAAAACAUAAGCAUAAAGAAGAACAAUUACCAAUUAAAAAGUUUGAUACUAGUCAUAUUGAAGCUGCUGCUGCUUAUAAAGCUGCUGAAUGGUCACAACAAGAAUAUGACCCUCAUUUAUCUUUAGUAUAUAGUAAUUUAUGGCCUAUUGAUAAUGCUUUAUGGAGAACUAUAAAAACAAGAAUAUCAGAUAAUUUAAAUGUUGAAAGUUGUGAUGAUAUAAUAAAUACUGGAUUAGGUUGGGAUGGUGGUGUUUUAAAAUUGGUUUUAUGUGAAGGUGAUGUUAAUGAAUGGGUUACUUUAGGUAGCGUUGAUAUUUAA